CGAAAGUUAUGUGAAUCCCCUGAUCGCAUGUUUAUACGCAUGAAUAAUGCCAUGAAAGCAGCAGUAUAAAAGUGUCUUAAACAAAACCGUAGAAUCAUUAUUAAAGAUCUACCGAUCAACGAACAGCAUAGCACAAACAUGAAGUUCCUAGCCAGUUUGUUACUGCUCAUUGUUGCCGUCAUGGUAGCUGUUGAUGCCUACGUACCAAAGAUUCCGAAACCACAACCAAACAAACCGAACUUUCCGUCGUUCCCAGGCCACGGUCCUUUCAACCCCCAUGCUAGUCGUUUCCCACGAUCUCCCAAAGACAAUGGAAAAAUUGUUUUCGAUGCAAAGAAAGAAGGUGGAAAGACUCAGUGGAACGUAGAAACUCAGCAGAAAGUUUGGGGCAACAAACACGGCAGCAUUCACGUCAGUGCUGGAGCUGGCAAACAACCAGGUGGCAAACCUCAAGGACAAGUUGGAAUCGGCGGAUCCUUUAGCUGGGGAAAAUAAGUUAUUUAUAUGAAUAUUUUUAAUUUUAUACAGUGAUAAUAAAGUUUUAUUUAGUUUCUUUAAACGCAACCUACUUUAUUUUCGCCGCGAUGUAUUACUUAAUUUUGUACUGGCUUUGUUCAUAUCAUCAGACUGUGCA